GGCAAAGCAGGGGCGGCGCAGCGGACAAGGCUGACGUCCCGGCGGUGCCGGCGCGCUGCCGUUUCGUCCUCGCCUCUUGCUGAUCCCCCGGGCUGCUGGCCUGCCCCGCCCCGCCCCCCAGGCCCCGCUGUCUGAGUGCUGGGUCACUGUCUUGCGGGCCCGGGGUCGCCUCGGCUAUGACGUGGACGCGCUUUAAUAAGAGGAUGGCCGGACGGACGAACUGACCCGGCUCCUCUGCCAUCUCUUCCGUCCCCAUCUCUCCUCUCCUCUCCCGCCCGCCUCGCCCUCCCCACGAGAGCAAAUUAUCGCAGGCUUGCAGCGUAGCGAAGCCAACAGCAGGAGCAGGAGGACCGGAGGAGGACUUGGUUUCGUCGCCCCGCUCCGCUCCCGCUCCCGCUCCCAAGGUUCUCACGCUGUCACGCAAAGGGAUGGGUUCGGAGGGGCCUUCUGCCGUGACUGUUCAUGUUACUGGGUUUAAGAAGUUUCAUGGAGUUGCUGAGAACCCAACCGAGAAAAUUGUACGCAAUCUCAAAGCGUACAUGGAAAAGAGAGGGUUGCCGAAAGGCCUUAUACUUGGAAGCUGCACUGUUCUCGAGGCUGCCGGGCAGAGUGCACUUGAUCCAUUGUAUGAAUUGUUGGAUUCAACUAUCAUUGACCAAGAAUAUGGAUCACCGAAUCAGGAACAAGUAGUUUUGCUCCAUUUUGGAGCGAACAGUGCUUCACCUAGGUUUGCUCUCGAGAAUCAAGCUGUUAAUGAAGCUACUUUCCAGUGCCCUGAUGAGCUAGGGUGGAAACCACAGAGGGUCCCUAUUGUGUCGUCAGAUGGAAGCAUCUCACACGCAAGACAGACUACACUGCCAAUGAAGGAAAUAAACAAGUCUCUGCAACAGAUGGGCUACGAUGUAACUCCUUCAGAUGAUGCUGGUCGUUUUGUAUGCAACUAUGUUUAUUAUCACUCUCUUAGAUUCGCGGAGAAACAUGAUAUCAAGUCUCUAUUCGUUCAUUUCCCCCUCUUCUCGGUGAUUGAUGAGGAAGUCCAGAUGCAUUUCGUUGCUUCCCUUCUUGAAGUCAUUGCUUGCUUGAACUUGUAACAGUAAUCUAAUUGUAGGUCUACUUCCAAUGGUUUACUGCCCCCAUUGUAUCUGGAAGGGCUGAGUCACAAUCCUUUACAAGUGAAGUGAAUAAGAAUGUACAAUAAUUCAUGACAUCAUAAUAGCA